CAGUGCAGGCAGCUUUGCAACGGGGCCGCACGAAAGUAACCAGUUUAGAAAUUAGUUUUGAUAGUGUUGGUGAUUUUGUAUAUUUCGCAGUGGAAAUGGAGUACAUAGACGUCCUUUGUCAAAGUAUUGGAAAGUUGUUUAUUGGACAUAUGUAGCAAAAAGUGACAUAGUCGUCAGUUGUAAAACAUUGUGAUAUAAAAAGUGAUUCCAGAAAUAUUAGAAGAGAGUGACUAAUGGAUUGGGUUUCUCAUAAUCAUUCCCGUCCAAAUUCAACGGUCCUGUCUUCGCAGCUAGCCAGAGCGACCCACGCCAACGAAUUCGUGCCGAGAGUAUUGAAUUCGAGCGCGUCUGCAUCGCCGAACAUCUUCAACAGCACAUAUCCCCCCGUGACGAGUUCACCGUUGCUCAAGAAACACGAUGAGUCGGACACCCCCGAUUCUACAUCGCCGCCACUUACCGACACCUCCAGUCUCCACGACAAGGGGAACAUGCCCCCUUACCAGGAGAAUGUUGGUGGAACCACAUACUUUUACCAGUAUCCGGGCGGUGCAGUAGACUCGAUCGCGAACACCAGUUCCGAAACGAUCGUGACAAGCAAUUCCAGUCUGCCCGCCGAAUAUAACGUAUACACCGGUAAGCAAGAACAAUCGUUUUUUAUCUAUGACGACCUACGUAAUGACAUCCUGAACCGCAACGUCCUGACGUUGUUGCAACCGGACCCCCAGCAAUACCCGGAUCUGCCACAAGAAGUUGACAAUUAUCACGAACUGUUCCCGUUAGAACCGAUCAACAAUUCAAUGCACAAAACCCAUUUAGGUCACCAGUCCGCGUCCAUGUACAAAGCCACACACAUUAAAAGCGGUUUGCAUUAUUGUUUGAGACGGAUCCCCUCAUUCAGGCUGCAGAACACCAAAUGCAUGAGCUAUGUGGAACUAUGGAAGAAACUGUCACAUUCCAAUAUUGUACAAUUGAAGGAAGUGUUCACCACCAAGGCGUUUGGUGACAAUUCCAUGAUAUUCGUGUACGAUUUCCAUCCUGGCUCUGAAACGUUGCUCAACAAGCACUUUUCACCUGAUCAACCAGGGUACAGUGACCCAUUUUCGGACACCACAACCCCACGGCCGUACAGCUAUCAAAAGAAUAAUUUGUUAAGGCACCAACAGAACAACAAACUACCUGAACCCCUCAUAUGGAAUUACAUAAUUCAGUUAACGUCGGCGUUAAGGUUGAUUCAUUCCAGCGCGUUGGCUUGUAGGAGUCUAGACCCUACUAAGAUCAUAAUCAAUUCGAAAAACAGACUAAGAUUGAGCUGCUUGGGGAUGAUGGACGUGAUAUUAAGCGAGACAAACGCUUCCAUAAAUCAUGUGGCGCUGAUGCAGCACUACCAACAAGAAGAUUUAACGGCCCUAGGCAAAUUGGUGCUGGCAUUAGCCUGCAAGUCCACCAUGGCCGUGCAGAGAGAAAACAUAUCCACAGCCUUGGAGAUGGUCAAUCGCUCUUACACCUCGGACCUGCGUCAUCUGAUCAUGUACCUCUUGUCGUCCAACCAACGACGAAGCGUCUCAGAUUUGAUGCCGAUGAUCGGGGCCAGAUUCUACACGCAACUCGACAACUUGCACAACCACAUCGAAAUGCUCGACCACGAACUGUGCAAGGAAGUGCAGAAUGGGCGGUUGUUCAGAUUGAUGGCGAAACUGGCGACGAUUAAUGAACGACCGGAGUUCAACAUGGACGCGGCCUGGAGCGAAACUGGCGACCGGUAUAUGCUAAAACUGUUCAGGGACUACGUGUUCCAUCAGGUGAGCGAGGACGGCAGACCGUGGUUGGAUAUGGCGCACAUCAUCCAGUGUCUGAACAAAUUGGACACUGGCGUGCCUGAGAAGAUCUGUCUGAUGUCGCGCGAUGAACAAAGCAUCCUGGUCGUCAGUUACACUGAACUCAAGCAUUGUUUGGAACAAUCGUUCCACGAGAUCGCCAGUCAGUCGACGCCGCUGAUUCCCGACUUAGACGACAAGUUGUAGACGACCGCCGACGACUUAAUUACUAGUGAUUGUCCACCAAAUACGAAUCGUUUUCGGCGAUAUUGUCCGGCUCGGAUCCGGUAUUUGUGUCCUUAUGGGAGUAUUAAUUCGACACAACCGGACACAACGGGCAGAAUUGUAUUGUUGAAGACGUUGAUUCCAUUUUUUAACUUGUAAUUACUGAAAUCAUAUUUUUUGCAUAUAAGUUAUAUUUUCUUUAUAAAGAACAUAAACUCAAUAAAAAUGAUAAAAAAUUA